GUAUAAGCCACGAUUGGCUAAUCUCUCCCGCUAUUUCUCUUCAUUCUUCCUUCACCACAGAGCAAAAGCAAAAACCAGCCGGAAAACUUUCCACCGGUGAUCCCACCAACUGCCACCGACCUAAACGUUCCACUAAUCUACUCCCACUACUGUUAAUUGUAUUCCUCCAUAUUUCACUGUCGCUGAAAAGCUCGAAAAUCGCACCUUCCUUUCACUAGCUGCUAUAAAUUUGAAAUGCCAAUCCGUUCGCUUUUCAGAAAACCCACCAAAUCCCUACUCACCAGCUCAUCUUUCUUCCUCAUUUCCAUGGCUUCUCUCAUUACUCUGCUCCUCAUCUUCCUCUCCUUUCCUUCUCAAUCCUCCUCCUCUGUUUCCCAACCCAGAUCCCUCCGCAUUUUCCGAUCGCCGGAACCCAGAUCCAAAAAGACCCCAAUUGGGUCCUCGUCAGCGGGACAGAUUCCGGCCCAGAUUGCUCAAGCCUGCAGCGCCACCCGGUUCCUAGACAUCUGCCGGUCUUCCCUGGCCAAUUCCGUCGCGGCUCUCCAGAAACCCCCAACUCCGAUCGACCUAAUUCAGUCGGCGAUUUCAAUUUCAUCUUCCAAUCUCUCCGUCGCGCAGUCGAUGGUGAAGUCGAUUCUGGGCUCCUCCUCUAACAUCAACCGCGCUACCGCCGCGAAAAACUGCGUCGAAGUCCUCGCCAACUCGCAGCACCGCAUCCAGUCCACCGCGGCCGGAGAAGCCGUCAGCCGCGGUGGAGGAGGAAUCAAGGACGCGCGCGCGUGGAUGAGCGCGGCGCUGCUGUACCAGUACGACUGCAGGAACUCGCUAAUGUACGCAAACGACACGUCGCUGACUGCCCAAACGAUGUCGUUUCUCGACUCGUUAAUGACGCUCACCAGCAACGCGCUGAGUAUGCUUGUGGCCUACGACGUUUACGGCGACGAGACCGGGUCGUGGGCCCCGCCGAAGACGGAGCGGGACGGGUUCUGGGAGAAGUCGGGCGGGGAAGCGGGUCCGGGUCCGGUCGGAUUCCCGUCGGGAUUGAACCCUGACAAGACGGUUUGCAAGAGCGGUGGAGGCGGCGGGUGUGAUUACGAGACGGUGCAAGCGGCGGUGGAUUCCGCGCCGGACAAUCUGCCGAGCGGCGGACGGAAGUUUGUUAUCCGGAUAAAGGAAGGGGUUUACGAGGAGAUCGUUAGGGUUCUGUUGGAGAAGAGGAAUUUGGUGUUCCUGGGUGACGGGAUGGGUCGAACCGUUAUAACCGGGUCGUUAACCGUCGGUCAACCCGGGAUUUCCACUUACAACACGGCCACAGUCGCGGUUCUUGGAGAUGGAUUCAUGGCGAGAGAUUUAACGAUCCAGAACACAGCUGGAGCUCCCACCCACCAAGCAGUGGCCCUGAGAGUCGACAGCGAUCUGUCGCUGAUCGAAAACUGCGAGCUCCUUGGCAACCAAGACACCCUCUAUGCCCACUCCCUCCGCCAGUACUACAAGUCCUGCCGGAUUCAGGGCAAUGUAGACUUCAUCUUCGGGAACUCCGCCGCGAUCUUCGACAACUGCACCAUCCUGGUGGCUCCGAGGCUGGUGAAGCCGGAGAAAGGCGAGAGCAACGCAGUGACAGCGCAGGGCAGGACGGAUCCUGCGCAGUCCACUGGGUUCGUGUUCCGUGACUGCCUGAUUAAUGGCACGGAGGAGUAUAUGAAGCUGUACCGUGGCAAGCCUAAGGCGCACCGGAACUAUCUUGGCAGGCCGUGGAAGGAGUUCUCCAGAACUGUGUUCAUACGCUGCAACUUGGAAGCACUUGUGACAAGGCAAGGGUGGAUGCCAUGGAGAGGGGAUUUCGCGCUGGCGACGCUGUACUAUGGCGAGUUUGAGAACUACGGGGAUGGGGCUAAUGCGUCGGAGAGAGUACCGUGGAGCAGCCAAGUGCCUGCUGAGCAUGUAGAUGCCUACUCUGUCCAGAACUUCAUUCAAGGAAAUGAAUGGAUUCACAACGAGUCCUCUUGAGAUCGAUCGUGGUAUUCUUCUUCUUCUUUCAAAUUGCAGAUAGGUUGGGUAGUAAACUUUGCAGAAGUAGAAGCUUAGAGUUGUAUAUAUGUUAUCUAGGAUCAGAAUUUACCGCAAGGAAAGUGAAAGAGCCAUUAACAUGAGGAUGAGAGCUAUCGUCACAAGCACAUUGAUUCCAUAUGUUUUAUAA